GGGUCGGCGAGUAUGGAGGUCCUGCGCACUGAGGCCGAGCAGGUAAAGAAUCCUGAGCUCCGCGAGCUGCUACCGUACAGCUUCGCCAUACAUCACGCCGGCAUGAGCAGGGUGGACAGGACGCUGGUCGAGGAUCUGUUCGCCGAUAGGCACAUACAGGUGCUGGUCUCGACGGCGACCUUAGCGUGGGGCGUGAACCUCCCCGCGCACACCGUCAUCGUGAAGGGCACGCAGGUGUACUGCCCCGAGAAGGGCCGCUGGACCGAGCUGGGCGCGCUCGACGUGCUGCAGAUGCUGGGCCGCGCCGGGAGGCCGCAGUACGACACCAAGGGAGAAGGCAUCCUGAUAACGAACCACUCGGAGCUCCAGUACUACCUGUCGCUGCUGAACCAGCAGCUGCCUAUAGAGUCGCAGCUGGUGAGCAAGCUGCCGGACAUGCUGAACGCGGAGAUCGUGCUGGGCUCGGUGCAGAGCGUGCGGGACGCCGUCACGUGGCUGGGCUACACGUAUCUAUACAUCCGCAUGCUGAGGCAGCCGGCGCUGUACGGAGUCUCCCCGGAGAAGAUGCAGGACGACAAUCUGCUGGAACUGCACCGCGCCGACCUGGUGCACACCGCCGCCAGUCUACUGGACAAGGCCGGCCUGAUCAAAUACGAGAAGAAGUCCGGCCACUUCCAGCCGACGGAGCUGGGCCGCAUCGCGUCGCACUUCUACUGCACGUACGAGACGAUGCAGUCGUACAACCAGCUGCUGAAGCCGACGCUCGGCGAGAUCGAGCUGUUCCGCGUGUUCUCGCUCUCCGCCGAGUUCAAGCACAUCGCCGUCCGCGAGGAGGAGAAGCUGGAGCUGCACAAGCUCAUGGAGAGGGUGCCGAUACCUAUAAAGGAGAGCAUAGAGGAGUCUUCGGCGAAGAUCAACGUGCUGCUGCAGGCGUACAUCUCGCAGCUGAAGCUCGAGGGGUUCGCGCUGAUGGCGGACAUGGUGUACGUCACGCAGUCCGCCUGCAGGCUGCUCAGGGCCAUCUUCGAGAUUGUACUGUACAGAGGCUGGGCGCAGCUGGUGGACAAGACGCUGGCGCUGUGCAAGAUGGUGGACCGAAGGAUGUGGCAGUCCAUGUCACCAUUGAGACAGUUUAAGAAGAUACCCGAAGAGGUCAUAAAGAAACUCGAGAAGAAGAACUUCCCGUGGGAGAAGCUGUACGAGCUGGGCCCCAACGAGAUCGGCGAGCUGGUCCGCGCUCCGAAGCUGGGCAAGAUGCUGCACAAGUACGUGCACCAGUUCCCGAAGCUGGAGCUCGCGACGCACAUUCAGCCCAUCACCAGGUCGACGCUCAGGGUCGAGCUGACCAUCACGCCGGACUUCCAUUGGGACGAGAAAAUCCACGGACAGUCGGAGGCGUUCUGGAUCCUGGUGGAAGACGUGGACUCUGAGGUGAUCCUCCACCACGAGUAUUUCCUGCUCAAGCAGAAGUACUGCAAGGACGAGCACCAGGUGAAGCUGUUCGUGCCGGUCUUCGAGCCCCUGCCUCCUCAGUACUUCCUGAGGGUCGUGUCUGAUAGAUGGAUAGCGGCGGAGACGCAGCUUCCGGUGUCGUUCCGGCACCUCAUCCUGCCCGAGAAGAACUUCCCGCCGACGGAGCUGCUGGACCUGCAGCCGCUGCCCAUCUCGGCGCUCCGGAACGCCAAGUACGAGGAGCUCUACAACGACACCUUCCCGCAGUUCAACCCCGUGCAGACGCAGGUGUUCAACGCGGUGUACAACUCUGACGACAACGUGUUCGUGGGCGCGCCGUCGGGCUCGGGCAAGUCGCUGGUGGCGGAGCUGGCGCUGCUGCGGAUGCUGUCCCGGGACGCGGGCGGGCGCGCCGUGUACCUGCUGCCCAAGGACGCGCUGGCCGACAUCGUGUUCGCGCACUGCUACCACAAGUUCGGGACCAAGUUCAAUCUUAAGGUGGUCCAGCUGACCGGCGAGACUGCUACGGACCACAAGCUGCUCAACAAAGGGCAGAUCAUCAUUACCACGGCCGACAAGUGGGACAUACUCUCUCGGAGAUGGAAAGUACGCAAGAGCGUCCAGAGCGUGUCGCUGCUGAUCGCGGACGCGCUGCAGCUGCUGGGCGGCGAAGAGGGGCCGGUCGUGGAGGUGGUCUGCUCGAGGAUGAGGUACAUCGCCUCUCAGACAGGGAAGCCGAUCCGUAUAGUGGCUUUGUCGCUACCGUUGGCCGACGCCCGCGACGUUGCCCAGUGGCUCGGCUGCAACGCGAAUGCCACCUUCAAUUUCCACCCCAGCGUCAGAUCCCUCCCACUAGAGUUGCACAUCCAGGGCUUCAACAUAUCGCACGCGCCGACCCGGCUGACGGCCAUGACGAAGCCCAUCUACAACGCGAUCCGGCGGCACGCGGGCACCCGCCCCUGCGCAGUGUUUGUGAGCUCGCGCCGCGCCGCCCGCCUCCUCGCCGCCGACCUGCUGGCGCUGGCGGCCGCGCGCGCAGCCCCCGCUGCUUUCCUGCACGCCUCGCGCGACCUGCUCGCGCCCUUCCUCGACGCCGUGCAGGACAAGAUGCUGAAGGAGACGCUGUCCGCGGGCGUGGCGUACCUGCACGCGGGCGUGUCCGCCGGCGACCGGCGCGUGGUGCAGCAGCUGGUGGAGUGCGGCGCCGCGCAGCUGUGCGUGGUCGCCGCCGAGCUGGCCUGGAGCUUCGCCGCGCACGUGCACACCGUCAUCGUGGCCGACACGUGCACGUACAACGGCAAGCUGCACUCGUACGAGCAGUACCCGAUAACGACGGUGCUGCAGAUGAUCGGGCGCGCCUGCCGCCCGCUGGAGGACGACCACUCGGUGGCGGUGCUCAUGUGCGCCGCGCACCACAAGACCUUCUUCACCAAGCUGCUCAACGACUGUCUGCCGCUAGAGAGUCACUUGGACCACAGACUCCACGAUCACAUGAACGCCGAGAUAGUGACGAAGACUAUAGAGAACAAGCAAGACGCCGUCGACUACUUGACCUGGACAUUCCUCUACCGGCGACUCACGCAGAACCCCAACUACUACAACUUACAGGGGGUCACGCACAGGCACCUGUCGGACCACCUCUCCGAGCUGGUGGAGACUACGCUGACGGAUCUUGAGCAGUCCAAGUGCAUCGCGAUAGAGGAUGAAAUGGAUGUCCAGCCACUGAACUUGGGGAUGAUAGCCUCAUACUACUAUAUCAACUAUACGACCAUAGAACUGUUUAGUUUGUCUCUGACGAGCAAAACGAAGAUCCGCGGCCUGCUCGAGAUAAUAUCGUCGGCGGCCGAGUACUCGGACCUCUGCAUCCGACACCGGGAGGAGAACAUCAUCAAAUCUCUCGCCUCCAAGGUCCCGCACAAGCCGACGGCCCCGUCUGGCGGCGCCGUGCGGCACAACGACCCGCACGUGAAGGCGCACGUGCUGCUCCAGGCGCACCUCUCCAGGAUGCAACUACCCGCCGAGCUGCAGGCCGACACCGCGCUCGUGCUCACCAAGGCGCUUCGGCUGAUCCAGGCGUGCGUGGACGUGGUGUCCAGCAGCGGGUGGCUGGCGCCCGCCGUGGCCGCCAUGGAGCUAGCCCAGAUGGUGACGCAGGCCAUGUGGGCCAAGGACUCGUACCUAAGGCAGCUGCCGCACUUCACGCCCGAGCUGGUGCAACGCUGCGCUGACAAGGGCGUGGAGACCGUGUUCGACGUGAUGGAGCUGGAGGACAGCGCCAGAGCCAAGCUGCUGCAGCUGUCUCCCGCCGAGAUGGCAGACGUGGCGCGCUUCUGUAACCGGUACCCCAACGUGGAGCUCAACUAUGAGGUGAAGAACGAGCGCCACCUGCGCGCCGGGAAGCCGAUCGUGGUGGAGGUUUCGCUGGAGAGGGAGGACGACGUCCUCGGCCCGGUCAUAGCGCCCUUCUUCCCCCAGAAACGCGAGGAGGGCUGGUGGGUCGUGAUCGGAGACCCCAAGAGCAACACGCUGCUCUCCAUCAAGCGGGUGUCGCUGGCCAGGAGCGCCAAGGUCCGGCUGGACUUCGUGUGUGGCGGCGCGGGGCGGCACACGUACACCCUGUACUUCAUGUCGGACGCGUACCUAGGUGCCGACCAGGAGUACAAGUUCAACGUUGAGGUGGCAGACGCGGCGUCCGACUCCAGCGAGGACUCGGACCAGUACGGCUGACCUCAUCCGACCUGACCCGACCUUCGUAUAGUAUAAUAAGUGAUAAUAAAGCUGUGGAAAUUG